AUGUUUACCCCUUUGGAUUUUACGUCCAUUUCUCAACCGGAGAUCACUGAGUCUCUGGUUGGGAUGUUCAAAAGCACAGUCCAGCGAUUUUCGGAUCGAAUCGCCGUCGAAGACUGGUCAGGUACCCCACCAACGAAGCAACAAUAUACUUACUCUGAGCUUGACAAUGCCUCGGAUCAUCUUGCAAUAACCCUUCAAGCCAAUGGGAUUCAUCGAGGAUCUCUCGUUCCGAUUCUCACUACGCGAUCGAUGCCAAUGGUUAUUGCCGUUUUAGCCGUACUGAAGGCUGGAGCGUGCUAUGUACCCAUCGACCUCUCAGCCUGGGGGGGCCGACCUAUUCCUUCUGGGUAUGAAGUUAUUCAGUUUCUUUCAGCUGAGGCUGUGUGGACUCCGGCGCUAGAUUUGAGCUCCCUUGAUUCGCCAAGGCCCGAUGAUUUGGCCUAUAUUAUAUUCACAUCCGGCUCAACUGGAAGGCCUAAAGGUGUUAAGGUUGCACAUCGCUCGAUGGUGGCCUACGCCUAUGAGAAUGGCGCUGGCACGCCACUGAAAUUCGUCGUGACAGCCGAGUCACGUAUGCUGGUGAUGUUUUCAAUCGCAUUUGACGGUUGUGCUGGGGUCUUUUUCUCAUGUCUGGGCAAUGGGUCCUGCCUCGUCCUUGCGAACCCUGAUACUUUUCCCGAUGCUGCCAAAGAGUGCACCGAUCUCCCCUUAACCCCCAGCAUCUUGUCCACACUUGAUCCUUCAGACAACUAUGGACGGGUAGAGAGGAUUAUUUUAGGUGGUGAAAAAGCCCCUGAUUCUCUCAUCGAAGCUUGGUCCGCCCCGGGACGUACAAUAUUCAACGCAUAUGGACCUACCGAAGCUACCUGCGUCACACUAAUGGCAGAACUUGUCGUCGGUCGGCCACAGACUCUUGGAUUCGCCCUUCGCGGGGCCUUCGUUAUUCUACGGGAUGAAAAUGGCAACGAGGCCGAUGCUGGAGAGAUUUGUAUUGGCGGUACUGGAGUUGCCCUUGGGUACUUCCAAGACGAGGCUCGGACAGAGCAAUCUUUUAUCACAUACCGUGGUGAAAGGCUUUAUUGCACAGGAGAUUACGGUCGUAUGUCUUUUGCCGGUGUGGUUUUUGCCGGUCGCAAAGACAGCCUCGUCAAGAACCGGGGAUUUCUUAUCAAUCUUGAGACAGAGGUUGAGCCACUGCUGCUGAAUAUGCCGGCCGUCGAAGUCGGCGUCGCUGUAUCGGUUGAAACUCGCCUCUAUGCCUUUGUCUGUCCGCCCUCCGCCGCGAUAGGCCUUCGCGAAGAUUUGCUGCAGGCAGGUCGAUCUCCAUUCCUGGUACCUGAUAGGAUCGUCGGCAUAGACAACCUGCCUCUAACCAGCAAUGGUAAAAUUGACCGCAAGGCACUCGUGGCGGUCUUGGACACACCAAAUCUUUCGACUGUCAAAACGGAUCCAAAAGAAGAGCUUGAACCAGAAGAGGCCGUGCUGAAAGCGUUUUCGGUUGCCCUAAAGCUUCCGGAAUCACAAAUAACUUCGGUGUCAUCUUUCAGGCAGCUAGGAGGUAGCUCCUUAGCAGCCGUCUCUGUGGUGACAACACUAAAACGCUAUUCAUUUGCUACCAGCCUGUCUCAAAUUUUCCAGUUGGAUACUGUUUCUGCAAUCAGCCAAGGCCUGACUCAAGCUGUGCAAGACCAGCCACAACUAAAGUUGGAAGUCGCUAAAAAGGAGCUAUGGAAAUCGGUGAAUGAUACCCUUCAAACACAGACUGAUGGGAUAGUUGAUGUUGCACCGAUGACAGACCUUCAAAUGCGGAUGGUGCAUGGGACUUUGCAAGAUCCCUCUGCCAACUAUUUAAGACUGGGAAUUACAUUUUCUCAUGGAUCUCUAUCAGAACUCAAACGUUCCUGGAUAUCCGCUCUUGCGGCUCAUAGCUCACUUCGAACAACAUUCCUGCUUUUAGGCGAGCGAGGAGCACAACUUAUCCACCAACACGUCAAUCCAAGCUGGGAGGAGAUACCAGUACAAGAAUUACCCAGCGAGCAAGAAUGGCGUACAUUACAAUAUCUGUCUACCGAGGAAAGUUUAUCGACUCCAUCCUACCCACAUGUUCAACCAUUCGUUGGGUUCCGAGUCUAUUAUGCACCCCAUGGGGCCACUCUGGUCACCCUGACCAUACACCACAGCUUAAUAGACGGGUGGUCAGCAGUGAACCUGAUUGAUUCCUUCUCGCAGGCAGCUGAGGGCUGCUUACCGUGUCUCCCACGACCUGAGUUUCACCAGUUCAUCGGGUCUAUCGACCAAUCCCAUCUUUUAGUUGAGGAGAAGGCGCAAGCCUUCUGGAAAGAAAGUCUAGGCAAUUUAGAUCCUAUCCCUCGUCUCACUUUGCCUGCCCCGUCUACCCCCACCUCGCUGGCAAAGAGAGAAGAGAUAUGUGUCUCAUUGGGAACCACAUCAGCCGAGCUGGAAAUCCAAUCUUUGCGCGCCAAAGUAACCCCCGCCGUGCUGCUAUAUGCCGCGUGGUCAAUAGUUCUCUCAACAUACUCUGCUUCAGAGAAGGUAGUCAUAGGAGCAACUCUGGCAGGUCGUUCAUCGCCGAUAUCUCAUAUUGAAUCUGCUGUGGGCCCAUUCGUCAACACACUCCCACUCCGGGUGCAAAUUGAUGAGAAAGAGUGCUUUGAGCAGUUUCUCCGCAGCGUUUUUACAACACUUUGCCAGAUUUCCGACUAUCAAGGGUCUACAAAUUCUCUGAUCCAGACUGCGACAGGGAAAAAGGCGACUGACUUUUAUGAGACGAUUUUCGCCCUUCAGUAUGACUUUCCUCCCAUAAGUGCCUGGAAGGCUGAUACAAUUGCGAAACCUUCCUCAUUCUGGACCACCGACUCAUCCGGAGCAAAGCUGAAUGUACUCGUUGAAGACUCUUCGGAAGGACUGGUCGCACGGCUGGUCUAUCACACUGACAGUUUUACCACCUCCACAGUGGAAGGUAUGGGCCGGCAUCUCCAGAAUGCGCUUGAAGUACUCAUCACGCAAGACCUUUCGGAACCUGUUUCUCGCAUCCGUGAUCAGCUACUCAAACCUGCUGAAAUAGACGCACUUGUCCGCAAUUUCCCCCGAUUUCACGACAAGUAUCUGGGCGCUGCAAAUUUGAAAGAAGCCUUUGAGUCAAUGGUGGAUCGUGUGCCUGGCUUACCAGCAUUGGAGUCGCCAAAUGGUGAUGUCUUGACUUAUCGGGAGCUGGAUCGACGAAGCAAUGCGGUAGCACUUGAAAUAAUGCGACUAGAGACCAAGAGCCCAUUUGUGGCUGUUCAAGCAGACGGCUCUGUUGAAUGGAUUGUGGCUAUUUUUGCGACUAUCAAGGCUGGAUAUGCUUAUUGUCCCAUCGAUGUCAAGUAUGGCCGGGACCGUCAAAAGGUCAUGUUGGAUCUUGCAGAAUCCGAUAUCAUAAUCUAUCCUACAGCUGGCUCCAUCCCAUUGGAUUCCGUCCGACCAGACUUACGGGUAUUGACAGUGGAAACUAUCGUCGAUUCACUUGACGAAAAUGAAGUUGCGCGCUUUGAGACAACGAUUCCUGGUGAAAGAGUCGCCGCCUUGAUUUUCACUUCAGGUAGUACCGGAGUUCCAAAAGGUGUUCAAAUCCCCCAUCUAAAUCUCUUGUCAUCUCUCGGUCAUGAAGCUGGCCGAAACCAUUCGCGUCCUGGUCAGCGAAAUGCACAGUUGCUAGCAUAUGGUUUUGAUGGUUGUCUUCAUGAGAUAUUGGCGGCACUGCUAUUCGGUGCCACAUUGGUACUCAAGGAUGAGAACUCUCCAAUGGCUCAUCUGCGCCACGUUGACGCUGCUGAUAUUACACCAUCUAUGCUUGCAACUCUUGACCCUGAUCUUCAUUCCAAUCUCAAAGUGCUUUCUGUGGUGGGUGAGGUAUUCCCUCAAGAUUUGGUUGAUCAAUGGGGUAUUCAAGACCGCAUUCUAUUGAAUGUCUACGGCCCAGUGGAGACAACUAUUGCUGUGACUUGGGGGUAUCAAAAGUCUGGACAACCAGUUACGAAUGGACCGCCUGCACCACGCACAGCCAUAUAUAUUGUUGAUACAGCUAACCGUCCCGUCCCGGUCGGAUGCACAGGAGAGAUCUUGAUUUCCGGAAUCCAGGUAACGCCGGGUUACCACAAAUUGCCCGAUCGCACUCUGCAGUCUUUUGUUCCAGAUCCCUUCAUCCCGGGACAAAUUGCGUAUCGCACGGGUGAUGUAGGAAGAUGGACCCCAGAUAUGAACCUCCAAGUGAUCGGCCGCAUGGACUAUCAAGUCAAAGUACGCGGAUUACGUGUUGACCUACAAGAGGUAGAGCACAUGAUCACGAAAGCUUUUAAUGGAAUCCAAUCCAUUGCAGUCAUCUUUAGCCGCGAGCUGGCCACGAUGACAGCAUUCGUGACUCCUCAAAAUAUUGACAUGCAGAAGCUGCAACAAAAUAUCCGCAGCAGUCUGCCAUACCAUUUCCAGCCUACCCGAGUCAUUGCCUUGGAAUGCUUUCCCUUGAAUGUCAACGGGAAGAUUGACAGAUUAGCAUUGGUUGCCAUGCCCGUCGAGUCGACUACAUACACAGUGCUUCCAGAAACAGAAAUGGAGCGUCUAGUCGCACGGAUCUGGGAAGAGAAGCUCCCACAGACUCAGGUGGGGGCUCUAGACAACUUCUUCGAUCUCGGUGGUCACUCCUUGCUGCAGAUAGGGGUCGCACAGCGACUAACGGAAGAGUUGGCUUAUCGCGUUCCUUUGCGCAUGGUCAUCGAAAAUAUUGUUCUACGUGACCUUGCAGCAUCUCUGGAGACUAAAGCCAACCAAGGCAUCUCCGAUGAUUUUUCCCCCUUUCGUCAAACGCGAGAAGCUCCUCUAUCUAUCACAUCUGCACUGGAGGAUGAGGUCUAUACUGUGUGGGAGCAAAACAAAAGAUCCACCGCAUGGAAUGUGGCACUUGCGAUGCGAUUCACCGGGUCACUAGAUCGGGAUCGCCUCUGGGACAGUUUCUCUCAAGUCAUCAAUUACUAUCCCGUAUUGCUGUCUGAGUUCGCUCCCGUCGACGGCAUCAUCCGCCGCUCUAUUCGAGCAGAUUUUGGUGGACCCAUUCAGCUUCAAGUUCAUUCAUCCAUUGACAGUGCUAUCGCUGAUGAAAUUAAUCUUGGAUUCGACUUGAACAAUGGACAGCCUAUUCGUGUUCGAUGGAUUGAAGAAUCACCCGUUUCAAUCGUGGUGGUGCUUACAAUGUCUCACGCAGUGUCAGAUGGAACUACCAGAAGCCUUCUACUUGAUGCAAUCAGUGCAGCAUACAAUGGAACUGAGGAUUACAGAGGUCUUCCCGCCGACCAGAGCUAUAUGGAUUGGGCGAGCUGGUCUUCACAGCAGAAACUCGAUAUUGAGGCCGUAAGAUUCUGGCAGAAAACACUGGCUGGAUACACACAGUCUCGCCUUAUUCCUUUCAAAAACAAGCCGCAGACUUAUGACGGACAUUGCCGGAUGCUGACGAUCCCACAAGAAGGGCGCAAAGCCAUCGCUCGACUGGAAACUGAAGCAGCGGCAACAAAACACCAUGUUGUACUAGCCGUAGUUUCGCUUCUACUGCAGUCAUGGGGUGAAAGCGACUCUUUCAUCAUUGGUGCCCCAUAUGCAAAUCGCGACAUAGCCGGGACCGACAAGGUCGUUGGUAUGAUGGUCGAUCGGAUGCCAGUCAAGGUCGAACUACCCACUGAUGGCAAGGAAACAUGGCGAUCUUUGGUUUCACGGAUGAAAGGGGCAAGCCAGCAAUCCAUUGCACAUUGGAUACCGUUCACACAGAUCAUGAAAGCCGUCGAUGAAAACUCCACGCAAGAACAUUCCCCCCCUGUUUGA